GAUCAAUACAUGAGCGAAGCACAGAAGGGCAUUGGUAGAGAUACUAGAGGAGCCAAACAUCAACUCCUGGUUGACAGAACAGUCGCACAAGACUGCAGGUCCCGACGUACCAACCUGUGCACAGCUUGGAUUGAUUACAAGAAAGCCUAUGACUAGAUGCCACAUACAUGGAUCACUGAAUGCUUGGAGUUGUAUAAGGUGAACAGGACCCUAAGAGCCUUCGUUGCGAACUCGAUGAGGAUGUGGAAAACCACACUUGAAGCCAAUGGCAAGCCACUUAGCCAAGUGUCCAUCAAAUGUGGCAUAUACCAAGGUGAUGCACUCUCCCCACUGCUGUUCUGCAUAGGACUGAACCCCCUAAGCCAAGUAAUCACCAAGACAGGCUAUGGAUACCGCCUCAGAAAUGGAGCUACAAUCAGUCACCUCCUCUACAUGGAUGACAUAAAGCUGUAUGCUAAGAGCGAAAGGGACAUAGAUUCCCUGAUCCACACAACCAGGAUCUACAGCAGCGACAUCGGGAUGUCAUUCGGGCUUGAGAAAUGUAGUCGGAUGGUGACUCAGAGAGGAAAGGUAGUCCGCACUGAAGGGGUCUCACUCCCAGAAGGAACAAUAGCAGACAUUGAGGACAGCUACAAGUACCUUGGUAUACCACAAGCCAAUGGCAACCUCUAACUGGCAACAAGGAAAGCGGCUACGGCCAAAUACCUCCAGCGAGUGAGGCAAGUCCUAAGAAGCCAGCUCAAUGGCAAGAAUAAGACCCGGGCAAUAAACAGCUAUGCCCUGCCAGUGAUCAGAUACCCUGCAGGAAUAAUAAGGUGGCCAAAGGAAGAGAUUCAGACCACGGACGUUAAGACCCGAAAGCUCCUAACCAUGCAUGGAGGGUUCCAUCCCAAAUCCAGCACCCUGAGACUGUACGCAAGCCGAAAGGAAGGAGGCCGGGGACUAGUGAGUGUGAGAGCCACUGUCCAGGAUGAAACAUCCAAGCUCCAUGAAUACAUCAAGGAGAAGGCUCCAACGGAUGACGUACUCAGAGAAUGUCUCAGACAAUGGGGAACAGAAGAUGAGGCGCUGGAGGAGGGACCAUCAUGGGAGGACAAGCCCCUACACGGGAUGUACCACCGGACCAUAACUGAAGUGGCUGAUCUGAAGAAGUCCUAUCAGUGGCUAGAGAGGGCUGGCCUGAAGGACAGCACAGAGGCACUCAUCCUGGCUGCUCAGGAACAGGCAUUGAGCACCAGAGCCAUCGAGGCCCAGAUAUACCACACCAGACAAGACCCAAGGUGUAGGUUGUGCAAAGAGGCACCUGAGACGAUCCAACACAUAACUACAGGGUGUAAGAUGCAGGCAGGGAAAGCCUACAUGGAACGCCAUAACCAGGUUGCUGGCAUAGUCUACCGAAACAUCUGUGCGGAGUAUGGACUGGAAACCCCAAGGUCAAAAUGGGAAACACCUCCGAAGGUGGUGGAGAAUGACAGAGCGAAGAUCCUGUGGGACUUCCAGAUCCAGACUGACAAGAUGGUAAUGGCGAACCAACCAGAUAUCGUGAUCAUAGAUAAAGGGCAGAGGAAAGCCGUUGUAGUGGAUGUAGCGGUCCCAAGUGAUGGAAACAUCAGGAAGAAGGAACAUGAGAAACUCGAGAAAUACCAAGGGCUCAGAGAGGAGCUGGAGAGAGCCUGGAAGGUAAAGGUGACAGUCGUGCCUGUGGUGGUCGGAGCACUCGGGGCAGUGACCCCCAAACUAGAUGAGUGGUUGCAACAGAUCCCUGGAACAACAUCGGACAUCUCAGUCCAGAAAUGUGCAGUGCUGGGAACAGCAAGGAUACUGCGCAGAACCCUCAAGCUUCCUGGCCUCUGGUAGAGGACCCGAGCUGAAUGAGGGACGGACACCACCCGAGGGGUGAGAUGAGGAUUUUUUUAUAUAUAUAUAUAUAUAUAUAUAUAUAUAUAUAUAUAUAUAUAUAUAUAUAUAUAUUGAUGAAUAGAAAAUAACAAUCAUAAUAAUAAUAAUAUUUUUUAUCCAUUUGUGUUCAUAUUGUAUUUAAUUGAAAGAUGUUCGUUGUUUUUUUUUCUCUUUCUCCUUUCUUCUUUUUACAUACAUUCUUGCUGCUGGAGGCUGUAAAUUUCCCCAUGUGGGACGAAUAAAGGAUUUCUUAUCUUAUCUUAUCUUAUAUAUAUAUAUAGGCGGCCCGGUAGUCCAGUGGUUAGCAUGUCGGCUUCACAGUGCAGAGGUACCGGGUUCGAUUCCAGCUCCGGCCUCCCUGUGUGGAGUUUGCAUGUUCUCCCCGGGCCUGCGUGGGUUUUCUCCGGGUGCUCCGGUUUCCUCCCACAUUCCAAAAACAUGCGUGGCAGGCUGAUUGAACACUCUAAAUUGUCCCUAGGUGUGAGUGUGAGUGCGAAUGGUUGUUUGUUUCUGUGUGCCCUGCGAUUGGCUGGCAACCGAUUCAGGGUGUCCUCCGCCUACUGCACGAAGACAGCUGGGAUGGGC